AUGACGAAGCUAGUGCGAAAGCUGAAGCAGAUGGCGAAGAAGCGGGCGCACCGAAAGACGGUGCAGAAGCGAAAGGUAGAGCGUGCUCAGCGCGAGCUCGAGCGCCGCAGUGAGCAGCAAUCGCAGAAGCUGGAAGACGAGGUUGACCGCGAGAUGGCGCGGCUGAAUGGAGAACUAGAGAAGGACACCAGCGCGGGCACUGCUGCGAGCGGCCCUGGCAUGGAUGAGGCGGCAACAAACGUGGCGGUGAAGCGGGCGGUGCGCAUUAUCGGUGGCCUCGUCCUUGACGCCUCUGUCACAAAGAAGAAGCAGCUGACGCGAAAGCAGGCGAAGCGCAAGGAGAAGAUGGUGGAGCGUGGGCUGGCGGUGAGCGACAGCCUCUCCAAAAAGUGGGACCACAAGAAGCGCUGUGUCAAGCUACGCGCGCAAAUCCGAAAUGAGGAUUUGCACAGCUGA